AUGAAAACACAACAUACCAAGUGGGAAGAAGAAGCUUCCCAUACUUCCAGAAAUAAGAUCAAUGUGAUGACUCUUCAAAGUUAUGAGUUGAAAAACAUGGAAAGUGAAGAAUAUUUGUCUUAUAAAGUCCCAAGCCAAAUGCCCACCCAAGAUUCUUUGGUGAAUUUCUGUAAGAAUGAACCACAGAAUUCUCAGGAGAGCAAAAGUCUCUUUGUAAGUGAAGAAAGCACUGAAAGAAAAGUGAUAUUGAGGGAGAGUCCUGUUUACCAUUGUUCAGAGAACUUUCAAGUUAAACUUCUGUCAGAUGUUACAGAACUGGUUUCUCCAUUGUAUAGUGGUGAGGCAAUUUGCUAGAAUGGCCAGUUGAAUGAAUCCUUGGAUUCUUUUGACUAUAACCAUAAAGAUAUUUAUGGUUGGAAAUUGUGGUUUCCUGGUUCUAGUCAUCAGAGAACUCAUACAGAUGAGAAACCCCAUAACUGUAAUGAUUGUGGCAAAAUACUUAACACUAGCCCAAAAAUCCACCCAGAGGAGGUAACCCACACUGAAGAGACACUCUCUCAAUGUGGUCAGUGUGGUAAGGAAUUGAGUCAGAGAUCAGAACUACUACUUCAUCAGAGGGACCACACUGAAGAAAAACUCUAUAAAUGUGAACAGUGCAGGAAGGGCUUCACAAGUAGCUCAAGUCUCCUCAUUCAUACCAGCGAGAAACCCUACAAAUGCAGCAAGUGUGGGAACAGCUUCACAAGAAGCUUGAGUCUGCUCAUUCAGCAUGCAGUCCAUACAGGUGAGAAGCCCCACAAAUGCAGCAAGUGUGGGAAGGACUUUAGUCAGAGUUCCAAACUGCACACCCACCAGCACAUCCACACUGGAAAGAAGUCCUAUGAGUGUGGAGAGUACAGGAUGAGCUUUGGUCAGUGCUCAAACCCGCACAUCCACCAGCGAUUCCACACAGGAGCGAGCAGGGCCCAGGGGGCCAUGACAAUGGCUGCUUCAGGUCGCAUCAACACUGCCUCUGAGAUACCUCGUCUGCAGUUGAUUCAUUCAACAAACACUCUUGGAGCAUCUACCCUGUGCCAGGGAUCACUGUAA